UACGGCCUGGGCCCUACGUGCUCUGCGCGCUGCGGCUCUUCGCGUCUGCGCAGUGCGCUCCGCUCCCUUUCUGCCUCCGCCGCCGCCAUGGCGCCCGCGAAAAAGCUCCUGGCGAAGGGGGGCAAAAAAAAGAAGCAGGUUCUGAAGUUUACGCUCGACUGCACCCACCCCGUAGAAGAUGGAAUCAUGGACGCUGCCAACUUUGAGCAGUUUCUUCAGGAGAGAAUCAAAGUGAACGGAAAAGCUGGGAAUCUCGGCGGAGGGGUUGUGACCAUUGAAAGAAGCAAGAGUAAGAUCACUGUAACGUCCGAGGUGCCUUUUUCCAAAAGGUAUUUGAAAUAUCUCACCAAAAAAUAUUUGAAGAAGAAUAACCUACGUGACUGGUUGCGCGUAGUUGCUAACAGCAAAGAGAGUUACGAAUUACGUUACUUCCAGAUAAACCAGGAUGAAGAAGAGGAGGAAGAUGAGGAUUAAAGCUCAUUUAUCUGGCAUAUUUUGUAUGAGUUCUUGAAUAAAACUUGGGAACCAAA